AUGGUAAACUCUCUUUUAAAAAGCCUUUCAAUUCUACAAGUUUCAUGUUCCAAAAAUGAAUUCAGCCAUUCCUCACUUAUUUCACUUAUUGAGAAUGUAGAAACAGAACCAAUCGCUGAAAACCCUUUCAAAGUUGCAAUAAAUUUAUCAUUUCUUGAAGAAAUUGCCAAUAUUGCGAAUAAGUUGGCAUCAGAAGAUGCAGUUCUCUAUAACCACUUGGUGAUCAUUGAAUGUGGCAUCCAAGAGUUUUUAAGGCAUUGAAAAGGAGUCUCAAAUAUUCAAAAUGACUUAUCCUAUUUCUAUAAAAAUCAUUAGAAAUAAUAAAUAUUUAAUUAUUUUUUUUAUAGAAAUCAAGGUUUAGCUUGUUAAUUUUUUUUUAAAAAAUAAUGAAAAAUAGCAUAAAAUCGAUCCGACAAAAUAUCGUUGAAAAAUCUUCAGAUUAAAUUGCAGGUCUUGGCUUGCUUGCCUAUUGGCAACGAAGUCACCAGGAUUCUUGCAGGGAUGCACCCUCUUUGCAGCGUCGGCAGAUAGAACACUUUGAGUUAGGAUGAUUAACCUGGCGAGAAUGGUGGUCAUGCUCCACCUUUCCUUCUUCACCGCCUGACGCCAUGGAAUCUGUGAAUAGGGUUCUGUGUCCUAUCUCCUCCUUGUCUUGUGGGCUCCGAUGUUGAGUGGGAAGGCUGUGGACUUCUGCGGCUUGCUACUUGGGUGUAUGAAGGUUCUCCACACAAAAAUCAAAAAAAUUGAAUUUCUGGUUGACUCUAGGCAAAAAGGAAAAGUUCAAUGCUUUUUUUCACACUAGGGAGUUAUCCAAAUGGUUUAGGCAUUACCUGCAGAUGCUGCUGAACUUCUCCUUUCCAACUCUGAACCCUCCUCUUCCUUCGAGGUAAAAUCCAAUCCUGAAAGAGACUAAGGCUAGGCUGCAUUGCCUCUGUCAAUGCCCUAGCUGAGACACCAUUUUACUUAUAUCAUGAAAACUCAAAAAUAAUCAACUCUCAAAUGAAAAGAGUCUCCAGAAUUCUCAAAGAUUACAGAGACCGCUGCAGGAAUUCUUUUUUAGAAUACCUCAAAUCCCUUGAUUUAGAUGUUCGAAGAAUCCUCAAACCUUUAGUCCCUACAAGUGUCGUUCUCGAGCAAGUCAAAUUUCCUCUGAUAAAUGAAAAUCCAAGCUUAAGAAGCUCAGUAGCAGCGUCUCAGCCUGAGUCUGCUAGAGAAAGUGUAUCCCAGCAGAGCCCAAGGGAAGAUUUAGAAACUUUGCCAAGCAGCAACCCAGCAGAAAAUACAAUAGACAAAUUAAAUAACCAUAUACAGAUGCUGGUUGGGACACUUGAAAAAGUGGCUAAAGAACUAAUCCAGAUUGUGGCGGAGUCUGAUAGACAAUAUUAUGAAAUUUUAAAUAAAGUUGAGGUAUAUUCGAGACCUCCUACACCAUUAGCUGCACCUUUGCCUGAGUAUUUUUGCUUUGAUACUGAAGAAUCUAAAGAAAACUUAUGCUGUUUCCCUUCAAUUGCUAAUAAAAAAUAGUAGAAAAAUAAAUUAAGGCCUAGCUAUUUUACAUAAGCAAGAAUAAAACCAGAAAAGCACGUUUUUCCUAAAAAAACUAAGGCUAAAUGGAGAGAAAGGUUAAAAUUGCUAUACACACAGAAUAACAUUAAUGAAAGCACAUAUGUAAAACUGCUGAAAAAAGUAAACUUAGCAGACGAUAAUGAUGGAAAAAUCGAUUUAGAAGAGCUGUUUAAAGACACUGAUAUCUCAAUGGAUGUUAAAGAAAACGCUGCAUUUUGUUUACUCCCCCCCCCAUCCUUGAUCGAACGAUUGACUGUAAAAAUUCCUAAAAAUUGGGGAAAUUAACCCCAUCCUUGAUCGAACGAUUUUCAUAUCAUGCAAAUUUUUAUAUAUAUAAAAAUAUAAUAGUUAUCAAAAGCUGGGAAGAUGUACCUAAUGAAGUUGUUUUCAGAGACUUUGAGACGAUAGAAAGCUUCGGAAUCAACCAUUAAAAGUAAUUUAGUCAUCAGCAUGGGCUUAAAAACUCAAUAAUCUAAUAAAAUAGAGAUUUUUUAAAAUUUAAAAAAAACAAAUUUUAAUUUAAUAAGUAACAAAUUAAAAUUUAUACAGUUUAAAGGGGUAACUAAUAAAUUAAAAUAUAAAAAAUUGGUAUUUUUAUGAAAUUAAUUCAAUUUUUUGCUGUAAAAAUAAUUAUUAAAUACUCUUAACCCUCUUAUUUAAAAGUAAAUAAAAAAAAAUUUAUAUAUAUAUUUUAUUUUUAUAUAUAAAAUUUUUUCCCAAAAAAAUUUUUUUUAACCCCCAUCCUUGAUCGAACGAUGGCGAGUCGUUCGAUCAAGGAUGGGGGGGGGAGUUAGUAAAUACUUCAAAAAUCCCACAACAAGACGUCUCUCUAAUUGAUUUAAUGCUUAUAGAAGAAGACGCAGCUAAAUCUAUUGGUAAUGGCAUUUUAUCAGAAAACGUAAAACCAGAGCCUCCAAAAGAGCCAAAACCCAAAAACCGGCCAAUUCAUAAAAUUGAAAAACAAGUCAUAGAAUCAAAACCGAAGUCUCCAAACCCUUCAUUCCUUGAUUUUUCUCCUCAAAAAGUAGAUAAGGACAGGCUAUCGCCUGUCCCAAGAAUAAACCAAGUCAGAAAAUCCAUCCCAUCGACCAAGCCAUAUUCAAAAUUUAUAGCCCAGAAGCAGCAAAAUGAAAGCUCCUUUAAUAUUGAGCGUAAAGACGUCAGAGUGCGAUCAAUAACUCCUGUAGGAAAACCUAAAUUUAAGUUCGACCGGAAAAAGAGAACGAAGACGCCAUCAGGCUUUAUGCCUUAUUCAAAUUUGAAUAGUUUCAGUAUUAUACAUUAA